AUGAGGUUCGUCGAUGAGUCGAGUAUCACUCUACACGUGUACGCUCUCGGACAAAGCUCGCCGGACUCCCAAGUGCCGUCGCCGCUUCUGGAGUUGGCCGACAACCAGGGGAAGCGCCUGAUUGGCUACACUUUCUCAACCCACGAGGCCAACGUCCACUGCGCUCUUGCCGGCAGGACUUCAGCAGUCUGUGGCUUUGUCAAGUCACUCCUUGGAAAUGUAUAUGUCACUGCUGGUUGGCCUGAUCGGAUGCCGGAGCUAAUGUCCAUUCACGCCGAGAACAGCGACGUCGGCCCUAGGAAGUGUUCAUCCGCCAUUGCCUAA